AAGCCGUUUAUAAGCACGACUAAUUAGCACAAAUUUUCGCCAGCGCCUCCACACCCCCAGCUAUAGUGGGGAGAAGCCUUGCUUUAGCACCAUGACGCGAUGGAUUACAAGCCUCUGACAAAGGCGGGCGUCGCCACUUUAGGGGCCGAAAAGGUUUUUUUAGGGGCUGGCGAUGGCGCAUGCAGCACUAGCGCCGGCGGGGUGCGCGCAAUGCGGUGAUCGCUAAUCGGUUGCUAACGCAAGAAUGGAGUUGCCGCGCUAUGCCUCGAAAGAAAUGGAACUAAAAGAUUAUCCACAGUGCUGCUGCCGUGCCAUAUGAGCAUGAAGUAUAAAUAACCACUAGGGUCUCCCCUCACUAACCCCUCUUGCUUGUCCAUCACUAGCUUCUCUCUACUACCCCUCCUCAUUGAGCUUCCAAGCCCUCCAUCUUCAACCAACAACCAACUACUACAUCCCAAUUAGCUUCACAAUGGCCGCCGUGCACUCCGCCGAGGCUUUCUUCAAGCUCGCUGCUGCCCGCCACUCUGUCUACCCCCUCACCAAGACCCUCCCCGCCGGCGUCACCUCGCAGCGCAUCCACCAGAUCGUCAAGCAGACCUUCCAAAACACGCCGUCGUCCUUCAACUCUCAGCCCACCCGCGCCGUUGUCCUCUUUGGCAACGAGCACGACAAGCUCUGGGACCACACCCGCUCUACUCUGCGCGCCAUUGUCAAGGACGAUGAGGCCUGGAAGGGCACUGCUGCCCGCAUGGACCUCUUCAAGGGCGCUGCUGGUACCGUUCUCUUCUUCAACGAUGAGGAAGUCACCAAGGGCAUGCAGGAGAAGUUUGCUCUCUACGCCGACAAGUUCCCCCACUGGGCCGACCAAGCUACCGGCAUGCACGAGUAUGUCGCCUGGACUGCUCUGGCCGCCGAGGGUGUCGGUGCCAACCUCCAGCACUACAACCCUCUUAUCGACGACUUUGUCCGUGACACCUGGAACAUCCCCAAGACGUGGACCCUCGAUGCCCAGCUUGUCUUUGGUGGACGUCCUGCCGAAGAGACCGAGGCCAAGCCCAAGAACCCCUCUGACGACGUCAUCAAGGCCUACGGCGCAUAAGCGGCUAAGAAAAAGGCAUUAUUCCCGGCGUUACGAGCUUUUAUCUGUUUACGAUCGCUAGACGAUUAGAUGUAUAUACCCUUAAUGAAAGAAAAUAAACUCACAUGAACCAAUUUGAAUUAAUGUAUCACGACCAGGGGUUUCGCUCGUUGCUUUGUAGAAUUUUGUCUAAACGUAUCAAUGGAGUCGUCCGAUCCAUCCAAGAUGGCGAUCAGCCCGGCUUUCGCCCUCUUGACCCCUUUAAAUGAAGUAUUGCCCAUGAAUGCUUUGAAUCGAUGCUGCCUGUUAUCGAAAGUGAAGUAAAUGCAUGUGUUAGCCAGGGGUCAGUAUUGUGGACGACAGCCGUUCGGCUGGAUCCGAAUGCGAGCCGAAACAGGCAAUCAUCUCCUUUAUUUCCACUAGUCCCAACGGCGUGCGCUUCUCUCCACGUGGAGAUCGAGCAUCCUCUUCAACUUUCUGCACCAACCGCCAAGAGAGCACAAUCUCUGGGCUCACCAGCAGCCUUUCCUUUCUUGGCUAUUUAGUAUCUUCUUCUACUCACAACACGAACAUCCGGCGCAUUUUGACCUUCUUCUUGAGGUUUCUGUUGGAGCAUCCUAGUCUCAAUGGCGCCCCCGAAUAACACCACCAGAACUGUCAACGCUGGGCUCGUCUUCCCCAGAAAUGAAACCUACGAGCCUGGCGAGUUACUUCCUAUAGUCUUCGGAUUUUACGGCAACCCGAUUUCAAUGCUCCACCCACAAUUGCAAUACACAUUAAGUGGUGACGGCGCAGAUCAACAGGCGGCAGCCUUUCGUAUGACCAGUCUUGCCAUGCAGGGCCAGGUGCAGUUUUUGCCUUUACAGAUGUGCUCAGUAUCCCCCAGGAGAUUGAACCGCGUAUUAGCGAACCUGUCUGCGCUGUCUCCGACGAGAAUAACCCUGUAACACGGUCGUCGUCUUGCAACGUCGCCGUGGAUGCCGUCUCAGCUGAACAGAUGGCCUCUUACUUGCUUUCCAGCUACCAAGUGGCGUACUGCAAAUUAUCAAACCCGCCAAAGGUAGCUCGCUGCCCAAAGACUAAUGCAGGAAAUGGGGCAAUGGAUGGCUUGGGAACCUUUGCACUGCUUUUAGUGCUAUGGUCCUCUCUUUUUACCUGCUAACAUACAUUAGCAUAAGAAUUGGGUUCGGACAAUCAUUGGCCGCAUCACAAACGUACAUGAAUGCUGCAUAUAUUUGUUUUAUAUAUUACCUUAUAUUUCAUUUGUACAAAGGCGGC